AGAAACCUAUAUACACGGACCGAUGCUUACGGUCCUAUCAUCUUGUUUUCUAGUGUAGCUGCGAGAAUCCAUCAGCGUUGACGUUUCGACAAUCACAUCAGUGGCUGCAGUGGCAGUAGACGCAAUAAGAGAGGUGAUACUGUUGCAGUGCUAAUGGUGAAAUUUAGUGCUGCUGUUAAACCUGCUUCUGUAGAUGGUAUCGCUGUUGUUUUUGAUGUUGUUGUUGGCGGUGGUGUGUAGAUGGCAAUUUUGGACUCGGUGGUAGAGCGGUGCUAGUAUUAACAGCGGCUCCACAACGAUCGUAAGCAGAAUUUUAUCUGAAGGUAAAAGCGGCAGGUUGUACUACAGUAGAUCCGUCUGUCUUCCGUCACAGCCCAAGUGGGCGGGUUGAAUAAACGAAUUUCUCAAGAAAAUCUUUUCACACUACGGAAACGACAUAGAUGUUUCUGGCGGGGGGGAUUGGGAAGAAAUAAAAACGAAGGAAAAACAAAAUCAAAGAAAACGACAUCAAGAAGAAGAGGAGGAGAGGAAGAGGAAAAGUAAGAAGAAGGGGAGAGGAAAAAGAAAAAAAGAAAAAGGAAAAGAAUUAACUUGAGGGAAAAUUCACAAAAGGAAAAGAUAGUAACGUCUUAAUUUUCCUUUCUUCAUUCAUCGAAACUAAGAUUUGAGAGAGAUAAUGUUUCAGGGGCUGGUGCUAAGUAAUUUUGGGGAUUGGUCAUAUAGAUAGACGUAAAGCGGCAAACAUUAAAGAUAACCAGGUUGCUUCAUUGGCCAUGUAGUAACGGAAUCGUCCGAUUUGUAGCUAAUUGCAACAGUGCCUAAGAUGUUAUUAUAAUGUUAUUUGGCAUUCACAUUGCUACAGUUGUUUUUUUUAACUGUGUUUUCUGUUGCUUUGAAAUCUGGGUUGGGGAUGUGCCGUUUCCAAAGAGACCAAGAAGAAAUUAAUAGGUUAAAGAAAUAUAUAUAAGAAAAUAAUAGUUAAUAUAUUAUAUAUAUCAAGAGAAAACUAACAAGCAAGAAGUAAAAAGGAUAAAAAGAGAGAAGGAGAAUAUAUACAAAGGUAACAGCGUGGAGCGAAAACAAUUCAGAAAAACGAGAAAUAUCAACCAAUUGUGUAACAUAUAAACAGUUACUGCAAAAAAGUGAAAAUACAUAGAUAUAUAAUUACUUGUGAUACAAACCACAUAAUAAAUAACAGAUUCAAUAUAGAGGUAUUCAAAACGGAGAGAGAGAAAGAGAGACAAAGGGAGAGAGAGAGAGCCAGCUAAAAUAUAUCGGACAAAGCGCGACAAGUUGCCGAACAACUAUAGCGGAAAUAUGAACGAUCCAUCUUUAUUUCAUUGGGACUUUCUGCGUCAACCCUUACAACCACCCACCAUAGCAAUGACACCGACUUUUAUGGAUAUAAGAGGCAAAGAGUUGGGUCUGGAUCAUGUGACUGGAGAAGGGAUGUCCGGGGUGAAUGCUCGGUCACAAUGGGAACGGUAUUCUUCUCUACAUAGUUUUCUUCAGGAAGCUGAUGUUAAGUCGGUCUACCCUAUCCCAAGCUACUGGAAUGUAGGAGAAGACAACAUGGAAGGCAUCUUGGAACUACGUAAAGAAAAGUCUCGGGAUGCUGCCCGUUCUCGUCGAGGAAAAGAAAAUUAUGAGUUUUAUGAGUUGGCCAAAUUACUACCUCUACCAGCUGCCAUAACAAGCCAACUGGACAAAGCCUCCAUAAUUCGUCUCUCAAUCAGUUAUUUGAAGCUGCGUGACUUCUCUAGUCAUGGUGAUCCACCAUGGCAGAGAGAUGGAAUGCCUCCAAACAAAUCGGUUAAAGGGGGUCCUCUACGAAGACGGAAUAUGAAUGCUCUCGCCAUGGAAAUUUUUGAAACCCAUCAAGGGACUCAUAUACUACAGUCAGUUGAUGGAUUUGCUUUUGCUCUUGCAAGUGAUGGAAGAUUCCUUUAUAUCUCAGAAACUGUAUCUAUCUAUCUUGGAUUAUCACAGGUUGAAAUGACUGGAAGCAGCAUCUUUGAUUACAUCCACCAACAAGAUCAUGGGGAAUUGUCGGAACAGUUAGGACUUUGUGUUCCACAGAACAACUGUACCUCCAACAGUGGAGGAGUACCAUCACCAGGUUCUAACUCUGAUGAGGGUUCGAGUACAAAUCAUUCCCGAUCAAUGACGCCUCCGCUUGGAGAACGCUGCCAGGUUAUGAACCCAUCACCAAGUAAAGGAGUUACACGAACAUUUUGUGUUCGAAUGAAGUCAACACUAACUAAAAGAGGAGUACAUGUAAAAUGUUCAGGCUACAGAGUUGUUCAUAUCAUGGCAUCUCUUCGUAGCCAUAUGAGUUUCCCUAUGGGCCGAAAACAUCCACCUUCACUCCUGGGAUUAGUUGGCAUGGCAAUAGCUUUGCCACCUCCCACAAUUACUGAGUUGCGUAUCGACAGUGAUAUCUUUAUCACUCGACUAAGUCCAGAUUUUACAAUUCUCUACUGUGAACCAAUCAUUUCUGACAUGAUGGAUCUUACAGCUGAAGAUAUAACAAACAAAGUCUUGUAUGAAUUCUGUCAUGCUGGAGACUUACAGAAAUUACGCAAAUCUCAUGUAGAUAUACUGUCAAAAGGUCAAGUAUGUACUGAUUACUACCGGCUAAUGAAUAAACAUGGAGGUUAUUAUUGGAUUCAAACAUGUGCUACAACCAUCUGUAAUGCUAAGAACUUGGAUGAUCAGAACAUUAUAGCUAUCAAUUAUAUAAUAAGUGGUUUGGAAUGUGGUAACUGUGUUUUUGACACAAGUCAGCUAAAGAAUGUAACUGGAAUGAGUUCAAACACUAGCAGUCUCAAAGACCAAAUCAACCAAGAUACAGAUAUAGACUGUCGGAAAACGAAAGAUAAAAGUCAUAAAAAUGAUAAUCAAGGUGGAAUUAGCUCACAAUCCAUUUCCAUGAAACCCUCUUCUACAAUGUCUGCUAAUAAUCAGAAUAAUAUAGAAGGUCAUUAUGAUAAGCAGUCAGUGAGUCAAGAGUCUGAAGCUCUCUUUACAGGGGUACAAUCCAAAUUAUCCAACAAUAACAAUGACCAGAAUGAGGUCAACGACAACUGCUCCAUGUUUAUUGACAAAGGCAAUGAAACAAUUAAACUGGACAACAAAAAUUCGAGACGCAAAGCAGAAAAGCCAAGAAAACGUCGUCGAGAAAAUGAAACCAUUGAAGAUAACUAUUUGGAGGAUGAAUUUCUUAGUGACCAUAAAGAUAUGGACAGUAAGAUCACUCGUCUCAUCAGUAGCAUUGAUGACAACAAAAAUAAUUCAGGGGAGAUGAAUCACAUAAAAUCAAAUGUGGCUAUGUCAAUGAGAAAUCAAGAGAAACUAACAGCUAACAUUUCAUCUCCAAUACCUGAAGACUUAUCAACAAAAUCAGUGACUAUAGUUCACUCUCCAGUUCAGAAUUCACAUUUACCAAAUUCAACAUCUAAUAGAGAUUGUACAUCAGAUUGGACAAAUACUGUUGAAAGUAACACUCCUGACUUCUCACACCAACACACCUCGGUUAAAGACUUAGAAGAUGUGAUGAACCGGCACCUGCCAACAAUUACGGAAAAUCCUGAUUCCAAUAUGAAUGGAGAAAUGAAUAACCGUUAUCAGUCACGUCACAAGCCAACAAUACAAUGGAUUGGAUCUCAUCAGAAUGCAUCGGAUUCUCUUCCUGCUUCAAAUCUUCUGAGGUCAAUUUUUGCCAAUCGAGAAUCCGUCAUUCGAAGCAGUCGUCCACAAUGUUAUAAUGACAUUCCUGUAAGUAUGCUAACGCCACCUAGUGGUGACGGUGGCUAUAAAGAUCCAACAAAUGCAUCAAUGUCAUCAAUGCCAAAUGGAAGCAAGGCUCCAAUCAACCAAGAUACACAGUAUGCUGCUUCUACAUAUGCAUCCACUCCAUUAACCGUUUCUAUGUCUUGUAAUGCUAUGUCAGACUCUUACAGCAUCACACCCCCAUCUUCUGUCUCUCCUCAAGACAAAUUGCACUCACCCUUCACCGAUGUUAGCUAUGUGGAUAGUACCACUCAAUGUACAAGUCUUCCAGCCGACAAUUCUGCAAUCCAGCGUAUACCUGUCAAACCACAAGCUGGCUAUACAUUAACUGUCACCUCACCUCAAAACCUUGAAUAUGAUCAUACAAAAUCUACAGGAUUUCAAGCUUCUGGUCCAUACAUCCCAACAUCCUCAGAGUAUACCCAUUAUAGUCAUAUGAACAAUGGUAAUAAUACUCCUUCCUAUGACCAUAGUAGUCAUCGAUCUUCAGGACCGUGGUACUCAACUGCAUACACAAAUUAAUAAUUGGCAUUUAUUCAAACUUUACCCAGACAUUUCUUUAAGGUUUAAUGUAACAUUCUGUUGACGAGCUUCCCACACAUUUCAUUAUUUUAAUAAAUAUGCAAAAUAAAAAAAAUAUAUAUACAUAUAUAAAUGUAAAGAAACAUCAACACAUGCAUGCAUACAUUCACUACAUUCACAUACAUGAGUUUACA